AUGCCCGCACAAGAUACGUCUGAUCUAAUCAGCCAACAGGUGGCUUCAUGGCUCAACACCACGUCAUAUGCAGCGUCUUUACUAGAACCUCAGGCUGGUGGACAAGCCAAUUUUACGUAUCGCGCUCACCUUAUCAAUCCACUGGACGAUGGCACAACUGAAGUCGUUGUCAAGCAUGGCGAGCCUUAUAUGGCGCGUCACCCCGCCAAUGCUAUCACUGUUAACAGAUGCGACGUUGAAGGAGAAAUUUUGUCAGAAUUGUCUACGAAUCCCAUAGACGUGAUGCAGUCUGGAAACACUGGAUACGCUGUUAGAACAGCAGCAGCUUAUGCCUACGAUACUAAAACCAAGACAUUGGUCUUAGAGUAUCUCCCCAAUGUAGUAGAUCUCAAGACCUACUCUCUUAACCAUUUCCCAUCCCCCACACCUGAGUACUUACGGAACCCAACUCGCGAACUGGGCAAAGCGCUGGCAAUAUACAUGGUCAAAUUUCAUGACAUGACCAGGGAGAUUAUUCAGAAGUGGUUCGAACAGAAGCAUACACAACAGCUAUUGGGUUUCAACAGGGUGAUUGAUAGCAGCAGUGACAUGCAGAAGUUAAAACAUGGGAUCAAUUUCGAUUGGAUGAUCGAUCGUGUUGACCAGUUCCCUAGAAUUCUGUCGGAAGCAAAGGAUAUACUUCAUCUCGUCAAAAACAUGGCACUGAAGGAGCUGAGCGACCCGUCUGUAGACUUGACACUGAUUCAUGGCGACUAUUACCCCCAGAACAUCUUGCUGGAAAAUGUCCAUCUUGAAUCCGCAACUACCAGAACCUUAUAUGUCAUCGACUGGGAAAAUUCUCAGGUCGGCGUUCCGAGCCUCGAUCACGGCGGCAUCCUGGGCGAGAUGUAUGUACUCUGGAAAUACAAACACAUCGACGCUAGGCUAUGGAUGCUUCAAGGUUACGCUGAGGGGCUGGGGCCUCGGACUGAGGAUGCUGCAUGGCGAGUGGCCCUUCAAGUUGGGGUACAUCUUUUGAGUUUUGGUACUUUGGCAUCAGGUUUGGGCACGACUGAGGAAGUGGAAGAUAUGGCUCGUUUGGCGAGAGAUGUUAUUGUCAAGGCUUGGACUAGAGACAGGACUUGGUUUGGCAAGAGUGAUUUUGCCUGCUUGUUUGCAGGUACUACACAAGAUCCAGGACACAAUUAG